AUGAACUUUUCCCCUGUUAAAAAUGCUGCUGUUGUUAAACGAGGUAAACGUCCAAGUUUACAGGAAGAAGUUGCUCUCAACGAACAAAUUGAUUCUCGAAGUAGUGUUCAACGUCGUAAAUCCAGUGACUUUUUAAAUGUUCCUGGAGUGUGUCGUUCGGGAGCCCACCAAUCUGGAAACGAUAACGAGAUGUCAGGCUCGCGUGUGACAUUCUCUCAGAGAAAGGACUCCCAUGGAGAUAUUGAAAAUGAAAGUGUGGAGCUUACCAUUCAAUUGGGUGAACCAGAAAAAAAACGAGAGCAAUGGAGAUCUAAGUCGCAAUACUAUAUGGCGAUAAUCUCUUAUGCCGUUGGCCUGGGAAAUGUCUGGAGAUUUCCUUAUUUAUGUCAAAAAAAUGGAGGAGGCGCUUUCAUGAUUCCAUAUGUCAUAAUGAUGGGCUUAUUGGGACUCCCGCUGUUCCUCAUUGAGCUGGGUAUCGGUCAGCGAUUACGUACAGGACCUGUCGGUGUAUGGAAUGCUAUUCAUCCUUAUCUUGGAGGUAUUGGUGUUUCUGCAGCUGUCGUAUCCUACUUGGUUGCUUUGUAUUAUAAUGUAAUCAUCACAUGGUGCUUAUACUAUCUAGGUUCAUCCUUUGCCAAGAAAUUGCCGUGGGCGGAAUGUCCAAAAGUGAAUGAUAGCACUUAUGAUGCAGAAUGUAUGAAUGCCACAUCUCCAACAAUGUAUUUUUGGAGCCGUGUUGCCUUAGAUACUACAGGAUCAAUCAGCGAAAUUGGAGGAAUAAACAUUCCUAUGGUCUGCUGUUUAUUUCUCGCUUGGGGAGUUGUUUAUUUGUGUGUUAUGAAAGGAAUAAAAACAAGUGGAUAUGUAAUGUAUGUAACAGCUACGUUCCCCUAUCUGGUCACAACACUAUUCUUUGUGCGAAGCAUUAGUCUUGAAGGAUCAGUCGAAGGAUUACUUCAUAUGUUCAAACCGGAUUUGACGAAGCUAUACAAUCCUACAGUAUGGUUAGAGGCUGCAACACAGAUAUUUUACUCCAUGGGUCUCGGUUUUGGAGGUCUGAUUGCUUUUGGAAGCUACAAUCCUGUCAAGAAUAACGUUAUCAAAGAUGUUGUUCAGUUAGGAAUUGUCAAUGGAGCAACUUCUGUUUACACCGCCGCCGUUGUGUUUAGUGUCCUUGGUUACAUGGCACAUAAUAAUAUGAACAAAUGCGUGACAGAAUUCCUCUUUUCAUCUCCGAUAAUGAAGACUUACAAUGUGACUGAAGCUAUCGUCAUGAUUUCGAAUGUUGAUAACUAUCAAGGAGCCUUACGUACAAGUGUCACUGAAUUAGCAACAACGUGUAAUUAUGAUCGAAUAAUCUCUGAAGCUGCUGAAGGUACGGGAUUGGCAUUUGUUGUUUUCACUGAAGCCAUGCUUCAUUUCCCAUUUCCCCCCAUCUGGUCGGUACUGUUUUUCUUGAUGUUACUUUCUCUCGGAUUGGGAUCCAUGUUUGGUACAUUAGAAGGAGUUAUAACAUCCUUGAACGAUAGUAAAAUGGUGAAAGUUUCCAAGCCCGUAUUAACCUUCUGGCUCUGUGCAUCAGCUUUAACUGUUGGUUUGUUAUUCACUACAAGAUCUGGUCAAUAUUGGGUAUCUCUUUUCGAUUCAUUCGCUGGUUCAUACGCUCUUAUGUGUGUUGCAUUCUCUGAACUGAUGUCAGUUGUAUAUGUAUAUGGCUACAUGAGGUUUGUAUGUGAUCUGGAAUACAUGACUGGUAUAAGACCUGGAAUCUAUUGGCUUAUCAUGUGGCGAUUCGUCUCACCAUCAUUGAUGUUCACAUUGUUCUCAGCAUCAAUAGCACAAUGCUUCAACAAGCCAUUAGUCUAUUUUGCGUACGAUUCAGUUGCUGGAAAAAAUGUUGAAACUGAAUAUCCUGUGUGGGCAAUGUUUCUGGCUGUGACACUCAUUAUGUUUGCAUUACUGCCAACAUUUGGUGUGUUUUUCCUGCGCUAUUUCAAAAUAUGGAAGAUUGAAGCUGACAUUCCGGCUGCUGCUAAAUGUCUGAAUCAAACAUCAAGUGCCACCUAUAUGCUUAAAUCGGAGCAAUCAUUUAAUCGAAUGACGGAAUCAAAUGUGACUGUGUUAGAAGAACAGAGAAGAGCUUAA